GCUGGUCACCUUUUCAGCGGAGAGGCGUGCAUUUUGAGUUUCAAGAUGGGCUAUUUGCUCCAAUCUCUUAUUUACAGUAGUUUCUAUUUAUUUAGCCAUUUCGCAAUAUAAAAUCUUCAAAUAAUCCAGGCGCUUGUGACGUGGCGCGGGAAUUGCAAAAUUCCAAAAAUCAGUGAAGCGUUGCUAUAUCACCUGAGUUGGCAGACGAUCCUACAAAAUGUCCGCAGAUUUCUUCUAAAAUCCUUUCUUUUAUCGCUGAAAUCGUUGUAGAUUAUCUGAUACAGCUUCAAGCAUAUUAUCAUGGCUUCUGUAAGAAAUGAGACGACUGAAGUGAUGUGGAAACCCAAAAAUACAGAGACUUCAAACAUGGACCAUUUUCGCAGAAUGGUCAACCGAAAUUAUGGCUUGAAUCUUGAACACUAUCAUGAUCUGUGGAAGUGGAGUGUGGAACAGUACUCAAGGUUUUGGGAAAGUUUUUGGCUAUUUUCCAACGUCAUUCACUCACAGCCAUAUAAAGAGGUUGUUGAUACAAGCAAAAGAAUUGAUGAAAUACCUGAAUGGUUUCCUGGUGCCAGGUUAAAUUAUGCAGAAAACUUAUUGCGUUAUGAGGGCAACAAAGUUGCUCUAUAUACAGCAGGUGAAGGCCAAAACUUGAAGUCCAUCACAUUUUCUGAGUUGAAACAAAAUGUAGCCACUCUUGCUUCUGCCUUAAGAAACCUGGGUAUCAAGAAAGGUGACCGGGUUGUAGGUUAUAUUCCUAACUGUGCUUUGGCUAUUGAGGCAAUGCUAGCUACUACCAGUAUUGGUGCUAUAUGGAGCUCAACAUCACCAGACUUUGGUGUCACUGGAGUGUUGGAUAGAUUUACACAAAUCAAGCCAAAGAUAAUAUUUUCAGUCAAUGCUGUGCGAUAUAACAACAAGAUUCAUAAUCACUUGGAAAAGUUGCAUAAAGUUGUUGAAGGUCUUCCUCAAUUAGAAAAAGUAGUUGUUUUUCCAUUUGUUGGAUCUGAAAAUGAAGUGGAAAUAUCACACAUUCCUAACAGCAUUAUGCUAUCAGAGUUUGUUAAGUUUGCUGAUGAGUCUCCUCAGCUGGAGUUUGAACAAGUCCCAUUCAACCAUCCACUUUUCAUCAUGUAUUCGUCUGGUACAACAGGAGCACCCAAGUGUAUAGUGCACUCAGUAGGGGGAACGCUGAUCCAACAUUUGAAAGAACAUGUCCUUCAUGGAAAUAUGACAAAGGAUGAUAUCAUCUGUUACUAUACAACAACUGGUUGGAUGAUGUGGAAUUGGUUAGUGUCAUCAAUUGCUACUGGUGCAUCUGUAGUUUUAUAUGAUGGAUCUCCAUUCAUCCCUAAUGGUAAUGUACUCUGGGAUCUUGUGGAUCAGUUAGGAAUAACAAUUCUUGGAACUGGAGCCAAGUGGAUACAGGCUAUUGAAGCCAAGAAGAUUCAACCAAAGGAUACACACAAGUUAUCAAGCCUCCAUACAAUACUAUCAACUGGCUCACCUCUGAAACCUUCCAGCUAUGACUAUGUGUAUCACUGUAUCAAAGAUGAUGUUCUCCUAGGAUCAAUAACAGGAGGAACAGAUAUUAUUUCAUGCUUUGCUGGCCAGAAUUGUACAAUUCCAGUUUACCGUGGAGAGAUACAAGCUAGAAACCUUGGCAUGGCAGUAGAAAGCUGGGAUGACGAAGGUAAGCCAGUAUUAGAUGUCAGCGGCGAUCUGGUGUGUACCAAGCCUUUUCCAUGCAUGCCUACAAGCUUCUGGAAUGACCCCAAUGGACUGAAAUAUAAAAAAGCUUACUUCAGUAAGUUCACAGGGGUUUGGUCUCACGGUGACUUUUGCUCCAUAAAUUCAACAACAGGUGGAAUACUUAUGCUUGGAAGAAGCGAUGGUACUCUCAAUCCCAAUGGGGUUCGCUUUGGUAGCGCUGAAAUCUAUAACAUCGUUGAACAAUUUGACGAAGUGGAAGAUAGUUUAUGUGUAGGACAGCAAACGAAAGAUGGUGAAAGAGUUGUUCUUUUCCUAAAACUCGUCACCAACAAGAGGCUCGAUGAUGAUCUUCUUUCGCGAAUUCGCGUUUCUAUACGAAACCAACUGUCAGCUCGUCAUGUACCCGCUAUCAUUCUAGAAACCAAAGAAAUCCCUUACACGACCAGUGGGAAAAAGAUCGAGGUAGCUGUCAAGAAGAUUAUAUCCGGUCAGCAAGUUACAAACAGAGGAGCAUUAGCAAAUCCCAAUUCACUAGAUCUUUACAAUAACAUCCCUGAAUUACAAACAACGUAAAUAUGUGAGUUUACAGCUUUUGAACACGGAAUGUACAGGUUGAAUAGUCCUUUACCUUUUGGCGUCUUUUUACAAAUACCAUGAUGCACUGCGCCGAAAGAAACAUGACGUCAUAAGGAGAGAGGACCGUUUAAAAAAAUAAAAUGCUUACUGCUCAUUUUGUGGUUCUUUUUUUGCAAGUGAACUAGCGUGUGCGUAUAUUUUUCGUUCAUUAUUUAUUUAUUUUUGUUUGUUUGUUUCUGAUUUAUCGGUCAAAUAACUCCUUUUCCUUUUAACAUGCUGUUUAGAAGCUGUAAAAUCAUUUAAAAUUGACGUAUUAAUUUAUUUAAGUAACUGAGGAACUUUAGGGUCUACAACACAGGGCUGGCAACCGCGCCAUUUUGGUAACAAAUACACACCAUACGGUCAUUAAUUUAUAAUAUUAUUCAACAUUUAUGGAAAGUCCUUUCGUAUUCUUACUGUAAAUUACUGUGAUUAUCAUGAAAAUAUCUAAUGGAAAGUUUCUGAGAAACUGGAUAUCGUACGAUGUAUUCGUGAUUAACCAUGCACAAAAAAGGGUCAACUGAUGUAUGUAACCUGGCCUGGGACGAAAGAAAAUAUCUGUUCACGCACAUAGUGUUGAUUAAAGUUUUACAAAUAA